AUGGCUUCCAAAUCGGAAGGACCCCUGGUGGUUGGUGUUGAUGUAGGCGGCACUAAUACCGACUCGGUCCUCCUCGAUCUUUCCAGAGCAGGCACCUCUGCUGUCCUUUCAUCUCAUAAGUCUCCCACGACGACGGACGUUACGGAGGGUGUCGAAGCUACACUCACGACGCUACUCUCCAAGUCCAUCGCCUCAGGGGAGGACGCUGGAUCGCCCCCCGACCCGACCUCGAUUUCCGCUCUGGCAAUUGGUACCACGCACUUCCUGAACGCCAUUAUCCAGCGCGAUGCUUCUCUUCUCUCCAAGGUCGCUGUCAUUCGCCUCGGUUCCCACGGUUUCGUCAAGGGUGCCCUGCCCUUUGCCGACUGGCCCAGAUCUCUUCGAGGCAUUAUUGAGGGCUACUCUGCCAUCGUUCCAGGCGGCGUGAAUAUCGAUGGAAGGCUCAUUGCUCCUCUCAACGAGAAGGAUCUUCGCCUCGAAGCUCGCAAAAUCCAUGAGCUCAAGUUGCAGAAUGUUGUUGUUGUCGGUAUGGGGUCCCCAAUGGAUACAACUUACCAUCAGGAGUCUGAAGCCGGCACUAUCAUCCUGUCAGAACUCGAGAAGUUGGAUACGGACUAUGCAAAGUCCACAAAUAUUGUUCUCUCCCAUAGUGUCGCCGGUUCGGGGCUCUUAGCUCGCGAGAACGCCUCUGUUCUGAACGCGGCGAUUCUGACGUUUGCGCGCCGUACGGUGUACUCUUUCAUGCGUGCCAUGAGAAAGGUGGGACUGCAGUGUCCGCUUUACUUAACAUCGAAUGCUGGUCACCUGCUGCCAUUCAGCGAAGCCGUCAGCUUUCCCAUUCGCAUUUUCUCCUCCGGCGCGACAAACUCCAUGCGUGGAGCGGCAUUUCUCGCACGGGAAGAGCUUGCUACCAUAUCAGGCGACAAGGGUUGCGUUGUUGUCGAUGUUGGAGGGACCACCAGCGAUGUGGGUGCAUUGUUGCCCAACGGGUACCCGCGACUGAGCAAAACGUAUACCGAACUAGCCGGCGUCAAGAUCAACCUUGAUAUGCCCUCAGUCGAGAGCAUCGGCCUAGGUGGUGGCUCCAUCAUUCGAGAGGUUCGAACCGCGACUUCAUCGGUAACAAUCACCGUUGGUCCCGACAGCGUUGGUCACGACCUCACGUCUGAAGCUAUGUGUUUCGGAGGCUCGGUACCAACAGCUACUGAUGUUGCCAUCGCUUCAUCGCCAAAUGAGCUGCUCAUAGGUGAUCCAGCCCUCGUCAAACUCGACUCCACCGUCGUUGCAUGCGCUGCCGAUCGCAUCAAGAAUAUCCUUGAAGCCCUCAUAGACCGGAUCAAGCUCUCACCUGAAGACUGUACAGUUGUCCUAGUUGGGGGCGGAGCCAUUUUGUGCCCUCCAACCCUCAAGGGAGUUAAUCACAUCAUACGUUCCGAGCAUGCUGGGGUCGCCAACGCCAUAGGUGCCGCCUUGGCUAAGAUUUAUGGGACUGCAGAGGUCAUGGUAGAUGCUGAUGACCUCACCGCAGGCAUCGCCCGUGUAAUGGAUAUGGCAGUCGCUAAUGCUACAGCCAAGGGUGGUGUCUCUCGUGAGGUCACUGUCCUCAAUGAAGAGGUGGAAUGGGUGCCGUACGUCGACAACAAGAAGCUCGUGCGGAUCGAAGUCGCCUGUUCAGCAGAUCACACCCGAGUCUAUGCUGAAAUGGUGCAGUCACCCAUCAAGGAUGACGUUCUUCUCGAUUCUAUGGCCGACGGACCCUCGCCCAAGGGCAAAAAGGCGUCCACCACCGACGACACCUAUGAAGGUCUAGACUUGGCCACGUAUCGACCAAAGAUCACUCCCCAAGGCGAGUGGAUUGUGUCGCCUAUAGAUCUCAAGUUCAUCGAAAUUGGCUGCUAUGUUCUUGGCUGUGGCGGCGGCGGAUCCCCGUAUGCAUCAUAUUUACAUCUUAUGGAACUGCUCCGUGAGGGCGAACGCAUUAUCAUCACUCGUAUUGAAGAUUUGCUGGAUGAUGCUGUUCUGCCUCCAGUGGCGGCUAUUGGUACUCCAGCUGUGGGCCAGGAGCGCAUCGCGUCUGACGCCGUCUUCCAUGCUCUCCAGAGAUUGAGCAAGGAGCAAGGUAACGUCGAAUUUACGCAUCUGCUAGCUACUGAGAUUGGAGGUCGCGCAUAUCCUAACUUUGAGAUGGUCUCCCAAUACGUUAAUUCGGAGUCUGUCAAUGAGCUGCUACCUGUGGUAAUUUGCAGCGGCGACGGCCAAGACGCAAUUGUGCCGGCCGGGCAAGCAGAUGAGACGGCCGCGGGUAAAGAGAUCCGCAAGGUAUGCGCUAACUUUGGUUUCGCUGCCGGGGCCGCGGGCACGCCACUUUCUGGGGCCAGAAUGCGCCGCGACGGCAUACCGAAUACCUUCUCUCUUGCGUGGCGCCUUGGAAGGGUCGUACGACGCGCGCAGGUCGAAUCCCGGAUGGGCACUAUCACGGACGCGCUUGUUGCGGAGGCUGGCGGCGCGCGGUCCGCGAGGCGCGUGUUUACGGGUAAAAUCCGUGGCGUCGAGACGAGAAUUACGGAGACCGGCCACUCGCUCGGUGAAGUCGUGAUCGAAGGUCUCGGCGAGGACGAAGUCGAGAGUGAGGCUGAACGAGCUCGGGAAGGCGAGGGGUGGAAGGAGGUGCGGGUGCCAUUCAUGAACGAGAACCUGGCUGUAUUAGCCAAGGGAACCGAUGGCGCGCAGACGAUGCUAGCCACAGUGCCCGAUCUGAUCAUGGUGCUUGAUGUCUCAACUGGUGAAGCGAUUGGGGUACAAGAGUAUAGGUACGGGGUUAAGGUCGUGGUCAUGCUCAUGGCACCACACCCUAUCUGGGCAUCGAAGAGGGGGCUCGAGGUGGCAGGACCAAAGGCAUUCAACCUGCCGUAUGAGUAUACUUCAGAUUUGGAGUACGCCAAGCCAGCGAGCGUCAUCGACGAAUUUCGACACAAGUGA